AUGCCGCGAACUAGUCCCGAACGAACGUUGUCGACGUUCCCGUGUCUUGAUUUCGACGUGAAGACGCCCGCUUGCAUAGAGUGGGUAUCGAACGAUACGAGGCAUUGCCUGGUCGAUCCUGAUCCCCAAAGAUGCCGUGUGAUGUUUGAGAGCCGCUUUACCAACGAGAGCUCUUUGGCAUCUUUUCAGCUGCAUUGCCCCAUCCGAGUGAAAGGUAUCGAGGCUCAGUCAAACAUCAUCUGUCUGAUCCAUACGUCGUCCAUCACCUCGUUCGACUACUAUGAGAGCCCAGAACUUCCGGAGACUGUGCGAAAGAAACUCAACUGCCAAGCCAUUGGUUUGCAUUUCGAACUCUGUCAGCCUGUCGAUCUUAUCGCUCCAGCUGCGGCGACAGAACCGGUUCAACCAAGAAAGCGACUGUCUGGCGAAACAUUCGAUUCUCUACGCUCGCUAGCCAAAUCUUCCGCUCUCGACAUCUACAUCUCGGCUCGAGAGAUCUCCCAAGCCAAGCUUACGGCUGUUCGCGAAGCCAUCUUUCGAAGCGGCUUAAAACCAUUCAAUGCCGACAUUUCAGCCGUUUUGGCGUCAUUGUAUGGCGGUAAAGGGGGAAAGGCUGUCGACCUUUCUCCACGAGAUCGCCCGUCCAUACCGAAUGACGAGCCUCCAUCAUACGCAGACCUGGAGCCUCCGCCUCCUCCGGAUGAUGAUAUUCAACCACCCUCGAAAGCCAAACUCCUGCCCCCCGAUACGACGGCUGCGGCCGGAAGCAGUAACAAUAAGCGACGUCGAUUGGACGAUUCGAGUACUUCAUCCGAAGUCGACAGCUACUGUGACAUAUGGGAUACGCUACGUCAUAUGCGCGAGGAUAUGCAAAAACUGGCGAAGCGAGUUAAGCGCCUGGAACAAGAGAACAAGGGUCUUAGAGAGGAACUUGAUGACUUGCGCGCUAGCUGUGAAAAGGCCACUGAUGCUAUAGAGUCUGAUGAGACAGCGUUGCUCGAAGUGCACGAAGAACUCGACGAACUGAAAGUGCAGGUCGACUUUCUCGCUCAGGGUGGAUUGUACAGUGAUGUUAAAGAACAAAUUGUUGAAACGGUUACGAACUCUGUCCUCGAGCAUAUUCUAGAUGGGGGCUAUAAUACGAAGAUUACAUUCGAAAAGAGCUAA